CGUCUAGGGAAUUGUCUUCUACGCACCCAGCUUCAACAUUGGCUGCUGUUGGGUGGCUCAUUUCACAAAAGAAAGCAUUAGAUGAUUGAUAAUUCCUAUGCUUAGUUUUGUCUCCUUUCAAUAUACACACAGUGGCACACCUUUUUCUGCUCAUCUUCCUUAUUCUUCUUCUUCUUCUUCUACACUCGCAUCCGUCAAGAUCACCUUUUGAGUUAAUAUUUCUUGAUUCAGUUGCCAGAAUUGAAGUAUUUGAAGCAAAUUCAUACGAUCUCAGUUCAAACUGUUUGUACCCAGCUAAGGUGACUUCAAAAUUGACUAAUCUUUCUUUCUCCAGAUGCAAAGUUUCAAGAAUCUUAAGCAAACCCUUUUGAUUUCUCUUGAAUUUAUUUGUACCCAUGAUUCUCUUUUUCAAGAAAGAUGCCAAUUGACCAUUCCUUCUCUCUCUAGACACCAAAAUUUGAGAAUUUAAAGCAUACCCAUUUGAUUUCUGUUAAAAAAGAUGCUAUCUUGAUAGAUUGGUUUCCAAUUUGAGCCCUUUUUCCUCAAAAGUACCAAUUCAUAGCCAUUAGUAAUCAGGAUUUUGGGGAACAUGAAUUGAAGCUUGAUGGAUGCUCGUUCUACUGUAUAUCUCUAAAUUCUCUGUAAAUUAUACUGUUUUUUUAGUUUGAUGAACAAAUUCUUGUUGAUAUAGUGAUAGGUAUAGAUCAAUUUGAUUCUUAGAAUGUUGUUUCACAAUUAUACAUGCGGGUCAAAACUGCUUCUAGCUUUACCCGAUGAUAUCUUCGCGGUUGUAACUCGAUCUCUCACACCCAGAGACGUGUUUAACCUCUCCAUCUGUUGCCGGAGUCUGUAUGCUCUUGCGAGCUCCGAUAAAGUAUGGUUAACACAAUGCGAAUUGCUUGGUGUAAUCCCCCAUCGAGAUCUUAUCGAGUGGCGAAAAGGGGUUAAUUCCUACAAAUCCCUUUGUAGGUUUCUCAUUAAUGUUCAACCAAUAAUCGGGAUUUGGGUUCACCAAAAUCCCGAACUAGGAAAUGUCGUUUACGUCAUGCCUGGUUUCAUCUCCGUUGUCGGAUGUCGAAUCAUUCCCCAAGAGCUCGGACUUUUAGGAAUCGAAGAAGGCCCGAUUUUAUGGUCACCCGUAUUUGAAAUCCUCGGGAAUGUCGAUGGAUCAUCUGUGUUUCUUCUUCACGGAAGAGAGCGGGAAAACAAUUAUAUAUAUCCAGGCUCCAUGAAAACUGUAGACAGAAACUGUAAUGUGUUAUUGCUUGAAGUUGAACCUCGACAGCAGAAAGACGGGGGUAAAUUAUUCCAUAGCAAGAGCUUUGCUGGAAACACAGUCGAUAAGGAGUUUUCAAGAAAGAUUUGUCCAUCUGAACGUGGGGUUUCCAAAUCCCAAAGGUUUCAUGGACAAAAGCCACCUGUCCCAUUCAGUAAAUUAGCAUUUGGUGACAGAAGGAAGCUAAUUGAAAUCGUUACAAGUCAAAUUCGAGUCAAAGUGCCACAAUCAGCAGAAGGGUUUUCAUUUCCAUGCUCAGAAUCUGAAGAUUUUAGUAGAUUAACUGAAAGGCGAUCAAGGGUAAUGCAAAUGUAUAGUGAUAACGGGUUGGAUCCAGAUCCAACCCAAUCAGAUUUGGGUGAAAUUAGAAAGUUUCUUGAUCGAUCUACCGGGUCUACCCGUGCUCAAUUUCAUCGAGACAUAUAUCGGAUGCAGAGUUCAAAAAAGAAAUCACUCGUGGGGUAUUUCCUUGAUAGUUUCAAACACAUCAUCGGGAAAUCAAGCUCCAUCAAUGGCAGCCAUGAACAUUCGAAAAGCUCCGAGAACAAUAAACAAGUGCAAUUUCAAGAAUUUUUGAGAUCUGGAGAGACAAUAGGACUCACAUUACAUGCUUCAACAGCGCGACUAUCGUCUUAUCGUGCAUGGCCAAACAUGCACGAUAGCCGAUUCGCGCUGUACAAGCUGCCCCAACACGAGCCCGUGGCUGGCCAAGAGCACGCGGGCUUAUGGGGCGGCACUUUCGGAUGGCCGCCUGGGCGGCCAUCCGAAAACAAGCCAGGAAAAGCUUUGUUUUUCCUGUUGCUUUCAUAUGAAGAAACACAGGGGACACGUAGUCUCAUUGGGACAAAAAUCUUGGAAGGAACUCAUUAUGUUUUGCACCCGAAUGGGUCGCCUAUGUUUAUAGUGAACAUUGAUGAGCCUUCAGUUGAGCCAUUCCCAUGGGAGAGUGAUGGGGAGUCGAAUUUUCUUGAUUUGAAAGAGGCGUUUAGUGGUGAAGGGAUUGCGAAUGGAUACGGGUUUAGGUAUCCGGGAUCUAAACCAGGGUCGUUGUUUGUGUUUGAAGAUGGGAUGCUUGUGUUCAUGUGGAAGGAGUCUCGGGCUGUGUUGACUUUACAGAGGGUCAAUUUGCAAGAUCUUUUGAAGAAAGGCGAAAGGGUGCCUCCUCUUCCACCUAUUGCCAACUUUUCGUAUUUGACCAAGUCAUAUUCGAAUGUGUACGCGGGAUUCUCAAACGCCCCGAAUCACGCGUCUUCACCAAGGGGCUUUUUCGAGGAAGGGGCACAAGAGGAUGGAGUUGAAGAAAGGAGAGAAGUUGUAUUUACCCGAAACUCAGUGUCGGGGAUCCGUAUUAGAAGGGGAUAGGAGUUGAGAAUUCUUCAAUGUUAUAUUUAUGUGUUAAGUUAUAUGUAAUAAACAGCUUUUCAAUGCAUAUCUUACAUGUUGGUUACUUAGAAAGCUUGGUAAACAGUUAAAUCUAGGGUUAAAUGCAAGAAAUAGC